ACGGGGAGGAACUAAAUACCCGGAACGACCUUUGCGGGCCAGGACGGUCACCGCCCGGAGCCUAUGUCUCCGCCCACCGGCCGCGUGGGCUCCGCCCCCGCCCCGCCAGCGAGGCCAUCAGGUGAUCGCAGGCCGCCGCGGUCACGUGGACGGGCCGGCGCGCCCCGAGCUGGCCAUGGCGGCCGCGGUGUCCGGUGUGGUGAGGCGGGUGGAAGAGCUCGGGGACCUGGCUCAGGCCCACAUACAGCACCUUAGCGAAGCCGCGGGGGAAGACGAUCACUUUUUAAUUCGGGCCUCUGCAGCUCUAGAAAAAUUGAAACUCUUGUGUGGAGAAGAGCAAGAAUGUUCAAAUCCAUCAAAUCUUUUGGAACUGUACACACAGGCCAUAUUAGACAUGACAUAUUUUGAGGAGAAUAAGCUAGUAGAUGAAGAUUUUCCUGAAGACUCUUCUCCCCAGAAAGUAAAAGAGCUUCUCAGUUUUCUUUCAGAACCAGAAAUUUUAGUUAAAGAAAACAAUAUGCAUCCCAAGCUGUGCGAUUUGCUUGGGGAUGAGCUACUGGAAUGCCUCUCUUGGAGACGAGGAGCCCUGUUAUAUAUGUACUGUCACUCUCUAACUAAGAGAAGAGAGUGGCUCCUGAGAAAAUCUAACUUGCUCCAGAAGUACCUUGUUGAUGGGAUCAAUUACUUGCUGCAGAUGCUAAAUUAUCGAUGCCCUAUCCAGUUAAAUGAAGGUGUUUCUUUUCAAGACCUAGACACAGCUAAAUUACUGAGUACAGGAAUAUUUAGUGAUAUUCAUGUGCUGGCUAUGAUGUACAGCGGAGAAAUGUGCUACUGGGGAUUAAAGCAUUGCACAGAUCUACAGUCAGAAAAUAAUGAAGUUGAUACUGAUGUUUUUGGAGCAAGUUGCACCACACACAAAGAGCCUUUGGAUUUCCGAGAAGUAGGUGAAAAAAUUUUGAAGAAGUAUGUGUCGGUGUGUGAAGGACCUCUGAAAGAGCAGGAGUGGAACACGGCGAAUGCUAAGCAGAUCCUGAGCUUCUUUCAGCAGCGCUGUAGCUAGGUGUUCCUCUGUCCUCACUGCUUGGAAGAAGAUGGGUGAGAUGGAAAAGAAGGCUUCAGGAGAGGCAAUGUCUACACUGAUCCUAAGUAUAUACACUACGUAAAGAUGCCCAGCAUGGCUACCCUUCUCUAAUGCUAUCACCAUUCAUUGUAUAGUCCUAAAUCUGUGAAAAAGUAGUCUCUCCCUUCUAAAAUAGCAUAUAUGUUAUUCUAACUGAACUGAACUGCAUACAAUCCUGCCACUGGUGAGGAGAGCCCCAGUUAUAUUUCACUGUGGUAAAAUAUAUGUAACACAAAUCUGCAUACUUCAAAGAUGAAAAUCAGUUUUCUCCUUGUUUCAGAUAUAUAGAUCAGUAUAAAUGUAGGCAAUUAAAAGAUUAUAACUAUAUUUAGAUUUCAUUUCCAGUAAUCUUAAAUGGCAAAAGAUUUUAGGAAUGAACCAUUGUAUUUAUUUUGCCAUGUAUUACUAAUAAUACUUAAAUUAUUGACUUAGCUACUUUAUAAAUUAUUUUUCUUAUUUUGUUUAAAACAAAAACUGCAUGGUUUCUCCAGUAAUGAAGAUAAAAAUCAGUGUAAAUGAUUCUAUCAGUUCAGAUGCUUUUAGGGCACAUCUUUGCAUAUAAUGAACUUUACAUAUGUUUUGCCUUUAUUAGGAUUGAAAUGCUGAUGGUCAGAGAGCCUAGUUUGCUGUCUUGCUCACCAACUUUCUGCCUACCUCAACUCCUGUUGUCUUGGGAUAGUCUGUAUGAUGAUCCCUUCUGAUGCACUAGACUUCUGUCCCAAUGACAUCUUUACAUUCCAGUAAUUUCUGCUCCUGCACCUUGUGCAUUAGCCAUACUCAGUUUCUCUUUCUAAAAUCUUAAGUUUCAGUAACUGAUAACAAUUCUCCGCUUUUCAGCUUUUAAAAUUUCCUUGUUUUUGUUGGUUUCUCUCUAUUUUUAUUCUACAGCUUUUAUCCUUUUUACAGGUUUCUUUCUUGACUGUUCUUCUGACUCUUAGCCUCUUUCAUGCUUUCUUUGCCCUGCAUUUCAUGGGACGUCAUCUGAACUACUCUCCCCCAUUGUUUCCUCUUCUGUCUUAUCUGGUAGUGUUGUCCUUAGCUGGCUUUAUUCAUCCUCCAUCAGCUGUUUAUUCUUAGGAGACUUAGUUAUGUGGAAGGCAUGUAGUCUUUCAGAGUGUGUUUCUACAUGUGUGACUUCACUUAGAAGAACGUUGACUGUAAGCAACGAAGGUGCCUGUCCUUCCCCACUGUGGUAGAGUCAAAUUCAUUAGUCAAAUUCUGAAGGAGUCAACUUAUAUUUACUCAUUUUUCUGUUUUAAAGAAAAAUAGGUUACCUAUUUUUUGAUGACCAAUCUUUUCUAGUUCCUUGUUUUCUUGUUGUUUCUCACUUUCUGUCUUCAUGUAAGUUCUGUCUUCUUUCUCUUUCUUGCUUUUUACUCCAAAUGCUCAUGCUAAAGAAUAUCUUUCACAGCCAUUUGGCUUGCAGUGCCCAUAAUAUCAGGCUGAUUUCCCUGCCAGGAACUUGAGCCCCAGUCUCCUUGCUUCCUCUGAAGUUUAUUUCUAACUGCCUAUUAAAUACUGACUGCACAGUAAUUUUAAGUUCAGUAUGAGCAAAAGACAGAUACUUCAUUUUUAAUGGAAAAUCUUCUCUGCUUCACCCCCCCCCCCCCCCCGGAGUUUUGUGUAGUUUUUCAGGAAGAGAAACAGAAGGUUUACCUUCCCAGCCUCAUUUCUAUACUCACUCUGAUUUGUCUUCUAGAUCAACAUUUUUUCAAACAUCAAAAUUACAGGCUUCUUUUUGAUCAACAAAAUUCUGAAUAGGCAAUGGUAGCUAGGGGAGAUUCCUCCAUCCCUGCUUCAACUCCUGGCAUAUCUUUAUAAAACCAAGAUUUUUAUGUUUCCUAGCAUUUUAGCAAGUUUUAUUAUGAAAAUACUUUGGCUUUCUAAAAUUAAAUAAUCUUUAAUGUGAUUUUUAGAAGCACAGACUUUUUCAGUGGGUCAUAGUCAAUUAAUCAAGUUCUUCCAGUACUUUCCCAAUGCACUUAUGUGUUUCAGCCUCAGUACCUUUGUAGACACCAUUAUUUCCAGGCCUCUCUUUGUGGUCAGGUAAAUAAUUUACUUGUAUGAUGUACUUUUAGUAAUACUGUGUCCAGAGGCUGUUUUCAGCCCUUUCCAGUAGAAAUUAGAUAUUCCUUCAUAUUUUUUGUCUUCCUUUUCCCACAUUACCACAGCACAAUGUGUUGUAAUUAUUUUUCUUACUAUUAAAUGAACUCCAUAGCUUAAAAAUUUACCUUUGCACAUACUGUUCAUUGCAUGGUAGGUAGUUAUGUUUUUUGAAUUAAUGAGGCAUGAUUUGAAAUGCCAAAUUUUGCACAAAAGCGUUGCUGCUAUUGCAUUCCAAACUGCCAUGCCCUCUAUACCAGUGGUUCAUACAUCAAAAAGGAAAAUAUAUUCCUCAGAAGAGUAAAGUGUUACUUGGAUACUAAACCUGGGAAAACAAGACCUUAUCUUCAGAAGCUGAGAACUUCAUGUUUUGCCUUUAUUACCUUUGUGGACUCACUGGUUGGUACAAUUAUGAGGGUAUUCUUGGGUGCUUUUGUAUAAUUUACUCCCUCCCCCAAACAAUUGGAGAACAAUUUGUAGACCAUAAUAGUUGCAGGACUUUUUACUGUGGUAUUAUAAAUGAACAACACAUUUUGUAUUCAUUUAAUCUUGAUGAGUAAAUUCUUUUAUGUAUAAUGAAGUAACCUCAAAAUACCAAAUAUUCCACAUAUGGACAAUAGUUAAGCCUCCAAUCGAUUUUUCUCAACAACUGUUGUAUGCCUACUACAUGCCAUGUCUUGUCCUAGGCACCAAGGAUAGAGCUUUGGAAACACUAUCAUCCAUCAGUAGAUGAGGAAUAUACAGCAUGUCAAGGGAUAAUGCUAUUGAGCAUGAUGUAGGGUGUAAGGGACAAGUGUGACUUGGAGGUGGGUGCUGUUUUAUUUAGAGUGAUGAGAAUGGCACAUCUAAGCACCUGUCUUCAAUUUCCAUCCUGUUAUUUAGAUACCUUGUAUAUUCAGUACUGUCAAAGAUUUUCUUAGGGAAGUCACCACCUACAACCUUCUCACUUUUGCUGCAUUGAAUGGACUUCUUAUCAGUGGCAUUCCUAAUGUCUACUGCCUAAAGGCCUUGGCAUUUUAUUCAUUCCAAGUAGUUUUCCUACUACCUUCCAGUUCCCUUUUCUGUCUUCUGUAAGGUUCCUAUAUCUGUCCACAGAAGCCAAACUCUGUAGUUUCUUUAAUAUCACUUCCCUAUAUAUUUAAAACAAUAUGAGGUAACAUAGUUUGGGAAUAUUACGUUAAGAGGUACUUAAUAUGUCACAAUUAAUGUAUACAUUAUAUAUUCAUGCUGAUGUUCAGUGAGUUUUGUUUUCCUACUUCUAGUGAAAAAUCACUUUAUCUUCAGUUGGAAUUCGUUGCUGUUUACUGAGAUGUAAAAUGUUAUAGGAUUUCCCACAAUCCUUAAAUGUUUAUCCUUAAAUGUAUGAAUUUUCUGAUAUGGAUCAGGCUGUGAGACUUGAAUGUGAGUUUGAGGCCAGCCUGGUCUACAAAGGAAGUUUCAGGACAGCUAGGGCUAUUACACAGAAACCCUGUGUCAUAAAACAAAAACAACAACAAAAAGACUAAGAGACUGUCUCUUACUAUGUUUAUAGGCUUUUUGGCUACUGUGUAUUAUUUGGUGUUAAGGCACAUAUGGCAUUCCCUUGUCUUUUGCAUACAGUAGAGUGAGGUAAGAGUCAUGACUAAAAGCCCACCAUAAAGUUACAUUCCUAGUGUUACAGCCUUGCCGUCAGUGCUCUGAUCUUCAUUAAAAUGUAUGAGCUGUGUGUGAAGUUGUUGUCUGACUUAUCUUCAUGACACUUUAAAAACCCACUGCUACUAACAUGGUCUACUUUAGAUUGCUUGUAUCCUUGGUCCGUCUUUUAGGGUCCCUUUUGUAACUAUGAGGAUAACCCAUCUGCCACAGAAUCCAGGAUUCCAUAGUUCUCUAGUAUUACUUAUCCUGAGUUCUUUUAAUAUAAAAUGAAAUACAUUAUGGAAGUAUUAUAUUAACAUAAGCUUAAUAUAGCCGGAAUUAAAAGUAUUCAUUAUAUACUUAUGCUGGUGUUGAGUAGUUUGGUUUUUGCGACUUUUAGUGACAUUUUCCAACUACAGUGUUUUGGAACAUGAUUAAUAAAAUAAAACCACAUUACUGUACUUGUUUCUUGUUUUAUAUUUUAUUCUUGCAUCAGAAUAAAAACAU